AUGGCAAGUAGCACUUCAACUCGAUAUCCUAAUCAUGUUAAUCAGGUUAAUAAUGGUUAUCCUCAGCGUAGAUCGCAACCAUCAUCGCCAUAUUCAUAUCCUCCUGGUCAACUUCCACCAAAUUGUGCUCAUUCUGUUGGAACACAACCUUUGGCUGCACCAUUACCUCCUCCUCCGCCACCACCACCACCACAAACGUCGGCUGCAUCACAUCAAACAUUAAUGCCUCCACAACACCACCAACCCGGCCAACAAUUUCAGCAACAACAUCAGGCACCACCCGUUCCUCGUCAACUACCACCACUGCUGCAACAACAAAUUCCUCAUCAGCAAAUGAAUCAGCUGGGCCAUUCGCAGCUGCCGACACCAGCUGCAGUUCAACAACAUGCAUCUUUUUCGCGUCACACGGGAUUACUGCCGUAUUAUCCAAUAUCUUCGUUUAAUUCUAAACCAUCCACUCCAUUAAGUGCCACGAAUUUUCUCAAUUCAAGAACACCACCUCCCCAACUACCAUUGCCAUCAACAGGAUCAGCGCUACCUGCAUUAUUGCCCCAACCAAAACAAGAUUUAGAUUUCACUCCAAAAUUUUAUCGUGGUCCAAGUGGUAAAUCAAAUAUGGCAUUUGGGGCCACAACCGUGUUUGAAGCCGACGAGUCUAUGGUUAUGAACGCAAACCAAAUUCAGGAAAAAUUAAGCACGCCGGCGAUCCGAUUGGCGAAAUUACAAGCAAUUCCCGGAGUUGAUAAAAAUACAUAUCCGAAACCAACAAGCAAUACUGUUGAAGGUACAGCUAGUAAUAGUAAUAAUCAGAAUAGUGUUCUUGUUGCUAGUGGUGUCAAGGGAGGAAUAGAGGCCAUUGAGUUGAUCACAUCACCAAAUGCUAGACAUUAUUUUGAUUUAGCACUCAAGUAUUACGAUAGACCGAUAUUGUCGUACUUGGUUAAUAUAUCCAGAACUAGGGAAUUGUACGAUCAAAUCUGUAUGAACAGAAAUGAUUUUUCCAAAGUUAGUGAUCUAUUAAAUAAGUUUCCUACCAAUCACUUUAUUUCUGUGGAGUUGAUUGGUGCUAUUCUUGCGGUGGGUGCUUGUUUCACAAACAAUUUAGAUGAAGCCAAGAAAUUCUUGAGUUUUCUGGAACAUAUUAUGUUUAUUGAUAAUGCUGGCAACUUAUCUUUGAAUGAAAGUUCAUACCCCAAAGUUCAAGGGAUGUUACUUUGUGCUCUAGUGGAGUUACUAUUGGGAGAAUUAACCAAAGCAUGGCAGUUGUCUGGAUUUGCACUUAGAAUGGGGUUGGAUUUGGGUUUUGACAACUUUAUUCGAGAUGGUCCUGAUAAGGAUGUUAAUGAUUUAAAGAGUUUAGUGUUUUGGGGAAGUUAUAUAAUCGACAAGUAUGCUGGUUUGAUCUUUGGCCGUACACCAAUGUUGUAUUUACCGCCUGGUUCACCAAUAAUGUUUGGAAAUACCGAUAAUAAGAAACUACCACAUUUAGUGGAGUUGAUUAUAUUUUCCCAACCUGUUAUAGCUUCCAUAUAUCAAAGUUUACCAUACAAGGACGCAGAGGAUUCAAAAAGGAAUUUCCUAAAUCGAUACAAUCAAUUACAAGGUUAUAAUCAACAAUUGAAUGAUUGGAGAAGAAAUUUACCAACUGGUUUAUAUUGGGAUUCUGAAAGUUUGGCGAAAUCUGCUUACGAUGCAUCAGUAGAUCACCUGUUAAAAUUCGCGUACUAUUUAGUGUUUUUGAUUGUUAAUAAACCAUUUUUAAAGUUACCUAUAGGCUCAGACAUUCAAACAUUUGGGGAAAUUACUGAUGAAAUUGAACUUUUGUUGAAAUCUAUUCCGGAUUCAAACUAUCUAUUCAACAUUGUCGUGUAUUAUGUUGUCAUCUUGGAAAUCGAAUCAUUGAUUGCUCAAAUUUCUAAUACUAAUGAAAGCACAUUCAAUCAAAACCUGAAAUUUUUGCGUCAAUUGGGAAGUUUAGUGGAUGGUAUGACAAGAACUUUGGAUCCUGAAAUAUGGAUUAUUUCUAGAACUAUUCAUAAUAAAUUCAAAGAUAGAUACAACGAAUUGCGAAUGUUAAUGGGAAAAAUGGAAUAUGAACUUUAUCAAAAGCGUCAGCAACAUCAUCAUGAUCAACAACAACAGCAGCAGCAGCAGCAAUCUCAAAUUCAAAAUCAAGGGCAACAACAACAAGAAUUGCCACCACCCCAACAACCGAAACAAGAAUUGUCAACCAGCGAGGAAUAUAUGAAACAGCAGGAAGAAGCCCCACAUCCAAAAGAAGAAAUUUUAUCUAAUGAUCAGUAUGCUAAACAAGAAGAUCUUCAACGAUCUCUUCCACAACAAUCUUCAUCUUGUUUUGCUGUUGAGAACCAAGAAUAUUUGAAUAAUUCAACUAGCAUGCUACAAAAUGAUCAAUUUAUCAAAAUGGUUGACACUUUAUUUGAAUCAGGUAUGUCAGGAACUCAAUCACUGCAAGAACAAACUCAUAAUCAAAUUCCACAACAACAGCAACAGCAGCAACAACAGCAACAAUCACAGGAAUUUAGUAAUCAAGACUAUCAACAGAAUGUUCAACCGGAACAUCAAGAUUCGCAUGUAGCACCACAAUUGCAACAACCAAUUGGUAUAAGACAAUCACAAUUAUUGGACCCAUCUUUAUUCAAUUCAAUGUUGAUGCAUGAAAAUUCAUCAACCUUUAACAGCAUUUUUAGUUUUGAUACUACUGGAUUUGGUUUAUAG